AUGAAGCUGUCCGCCAAUGAUGGCGAUGGCUUGGGUGAUAAGCGCAAGGCCACUCUUAAUCUGUUCUUCAAGGCUAGUCGCGGCAGGUUACGCAGUAUAGAAGAGAAGUCUGUCCCCUCGACACCCGAUGUUAUAUCUGCCGAUACUCAAGGCCAUGUUAUUCUCGAAGGUUACAAACCACAGCCAAUCCGUAAAUUUCGCAACCGUGGGUUCGAGUCACAACUUCUUAACCGAACACAUGGCUUUUCUUCGCAUACCGGCCAACAGAUGCUUGCCACACCAGCCUCAGAUCCUCGCGCCGAGACAGCCGGAUACUACAGCAGGAGCACCGAUGUUCACCAAUGCACAGCAUACACAGGUUCUGGUAACACGAUUCCUUUCUCGUUGACCAGUUGCCACAAAGCACCUGUGACAGUCAUCGGUGACGAGCAAGGGUAUGUGCGUUUCUUCAACACUUCCGACGGCGGCGACUCCCAUGCCUCCAAGGUCGAUACCAGCAUAAAGGUUCAUGAUAAUGCCAUCAUGGCCGUUGACUUUUCAGACGACGACCUCCGUCUUGCUUCUGCCUGUGGCGAUCGGUCUGGAAAGAUCCUAGACGUCGCCACGCAAACAGUAGCGGCCGAACUCAGUGGGGGGCACUGCGACUCUCUUCGCCAAAUCAGCUUUCAGAAGGGUCAAGCGAAUGGCACCACAUUGGCGAGCUCUGAUCGGGCCGGGCGCAUUCAAGUGUGGGAUCUACGCUGCUCACCCAUGCCAGUCAAUUGCUUCUCUACCAUCAGUCAUGGCAAAAAGCUUGCGCACCGGGAUACGCAGCUCGAACCCAUCUCAGCCAAGACUGUCAACACAAUUGACAACUGCCAUGAGCGCACGGUCAAUGGCUCCACAAGCUCUGCGUCCGUCACAACUAUCCAGUGGCUUCCUGCCGGCCGCGAGCAUCUACUUCUGUCUUCUUCCGAGGCUGAUGCAACCAUCAAGCUAUGGGAUACUCGCUAUAUCAAGCCUCGGCGACAACUUACGGAGACGCCGCUCGCCAUGACACAGUUGCCGCCUAGCCACACAUGGCGCACGUACGGCACCACAUCCAUGGCGCUGAGCGCUGACGCGGCCCGCCUCUACGCCGUCUGCAAAGAUAGCACCGUGUAUGCGUACUCUACAGCGCAUCUCAUCCUUGGCCACGCGCCCGCUCUCGAAGACAACGCGGUGAAGCGGAAGCCCAACGGUGCCCAAGGUCUCGGCCCCUUGUACGGCUUGAGGCACGAAAUGUUCCACGCCCACUCGUUCUACGUCAAGUGCGCCAUGCGUCCCGUCCGCACCGCUGGUGGAUCCGAGGUCCUCGCUGUUGGCAGCUCCGACUUUUGCGCCGUCCUGUUCCCAACCGACGAGCGCUACCUGCGCGCCACUUCAGCCGCCACCUCGCAUAUUCUCCCUGAGGGGGCUGCUGGCCACGGUUCCUUCUCAUCGUCCUUCUCCGCCUCGACGCCGUUCGGCUCCGUGCCGCAAGGCCUGCCCAUCUACCAGGCCGGCACGCCGCUCAUCCGCGGCCACUCGCGAGAGGUCACCACCAUGAGCUGGUCCUACGACGGGAAGCUGGUCACCGCAUCAGACGACUGUGUGGUGCGCCAAUGGCAGCAGGACGCCGCCGCCGCUCGCCAUCUCCGCACCGUGGGCGAGUUUGGCGGCGAGCGGCACAUGGCGGGCUGGGCCAAUGUGGCGGCCGACUGGGAUGUUGACGAGGAGUAA